AAGAACAAAGACGCCACAUACACGUUCGUGCACAUGCAGCAGGCGCGCGAUGCGGACCUGUUCGAGGACUUCUGCAAGGACAAGCUGCCGGCCGACGACAUCUACGUAGCGGCGCACCUACAGCCCAUCAACCCCGAGGACGAGGACGACGUGGUGCCGGACCAGCACGCGGCGUUUGGGAUCCAGAAGGCCACGCAAAAGAGCCGCGAGCCCGCGUGGCGCGACCUGGGGCUCGCCGAGCUGAUGCGCCAGGGCCCGUCG